AUGUGGUGCUUCUCCUGCUUCAAACCCUCUGUGGAUCCUUUUGAAGCAGAAACUGAUCUCGCCUUAACGGUUUCACGGCAUGAAGCUGACGUUCAAGAAGCUGCAGAGCUUGCUUCGGCCUAUCAAGAAUCUUCUCGUCUUCGUCAACUGCAGGAGGAAGAGGAAAGAAGGCGCGCCAAAGUGAUAGAAGAGGAUGCGCAGAUAGCUAAUGGUUUUCUGUACGAGGAAAGAGAGAGGCAGAUUCAUAAUAAAUCUGCACUGGAAGACGACGAGCGGCUUGCUAAGACUGUUGCGGAGAGUCUUAAGGAGAAAGGCAAAAGAAAACAAGUGAAGAGGGAUGAAGAGCUUGCUCUGAUUGUUCAGGAGAGUCUGAACAUGGAGCCCUCUCCUCCUCCUCCUCGAACUGAAAAACGUAAAAGUAUUUCUCGUAGAGCUUCGUUGGAUGUUGAUGAGGAGAUUGCUAAGGCUGUCAAGGAGAGUUUGAAGGACAAAGGCAAAGGAAAGCAACUUGCUGUGGUUGUUCAGGAGAGUCUAAACAAUGUAGAGCCUCCUCCUCAGCUUGAAGGAACCAAACACAAUUCCACUGGAGCUCCGGAAGAUGAAGAUGAGCAGCUUGAGAAGGUUAUAUGGGAGAGUCUGAAGGGGAAGGGACUAAUAAACCAAGCCAAAGAUGAAGUGGAAGAAGUUGGAAAUCUCCCAAUAGUAAUUCCUUCUCGUAGCAUGUGUGGUGGUUGCAACUCUGAGAUUGAACAUGGAAGGUCUGUGGAUAUCUCAGGUGUGCUUUGGCAUCCUGAGUGUCUCUGGUGUGAUGCUUGCCACAAACCAAUUGCUAUCCACGAGGUCAAAAACCAUGUUUCAAACUCAAGAGGCAAGUUUCACAAAUCCUGCUAUGAACGGUACUGCUACGUCUGCAAAGAGAAGAAGAUGAAAACGUACAAUCAACAUCAUUUCUGGGAGGAGAGGUACUGCCGUGCUCAUGAAUCUGAUGGAACUCCCAAGUGUUGCAGUUGCGAGAGGUUAGAGGCUAGGGGAACGAACUAUGUAAUGCUUGGUGAUGGACGAUGGCUUUGCCUAGAAUGUAUGGAAUCAGCGGUUAUGGAUUCAGAUGAAUGCCAGCCUUUGCACUUUGAUAUGCGUGAAUUCUUCGAAGGCUUAAAUAUGAAGAUUGAGAAACAGUUUCCUUUUCUUUUGGUGGAGAAACAAGCUCUCAAUAAAGCUGAGAAGGAAGAGAAGAUUGAGGACAAUGAGUAUGAGGUGAUAACUAGAGGUAUAUGCCUGUCUGAAGCGCAGACCGUCACAAGUGUAUCGAAAAGGCCAAGGAUGGGGCCGCACAAGCAGCUAAUAGGCAUGGCAACAGAAUCUCAAAGGGUUGUUCGUGACUGCGAGGUCACUGCCAUUCUCAUCCUAUAUGGGCUUCCUAGGUUACUAACUGGAUAUAUCUUGGCUCAUGAAAUGAUGCAUGCCUAUCUUAGGCUCAAUGGGCAUAUGAAUCUUGACAAGGUUCUGGAAGAAGGAAUAUGUCAAGUGCUUGGACACAUGUGGUUGGAGUCUCAGACAUACGCCACUAUUGAUGCUGCAGCUUCAUCAUCAGCUUCUUCUUCUUCCCGCACUCCAGCUGCUACUGUAUCAAAGAAAGGGCAGUGGUCUGAUUUCGAGAAGAAACUGGUGGCGUUUUGCAAGAAUCAGAUAGAGACAGAUGAUUCGCCAACGUACGGUGUCGGAUUCAGGAGAGUUAACCAGAUGGUGACAAAUUCCAGCCUCCAAGAAACCCUCAAAGAGAUUACUCGCUGGGGCUGA